AUGAACCUGACUAACACUCAGAAGACAGUUAUCGUGAUCUUAGCAAUAUUCCUAACCUUCAUCGCCAUUCUCCUCCUCUUCUGUAUCUACUCCUCUCGAAAAGCACGACAAGAUACGAUCCAAGCUCAAAAAGCGGUCUUAGGCCGAUGGAAGGAAAAUCCGGGCGGAUUUGAGGAAUGCACUUUACCGAAUUUAUCUGUACCUUCUGUUCACACACCUGGUCAUAGACACGAAUAUGAUCUUGCUACUUUACCCGGUGGUAAUGAGUUGACGAGGGAAGGGAAGAGAGGGAGUGGUCUAGCUGGGAUUGGAACGUUUUCAGCAUCAAAACCCAGAUCAAGUUCACAUUCGUCUAGUACAGGCAAUAGUCGACCUGCCCUACAGUCCUCGCAGCCUUCUUGCAUGGGAGUAGGAGAGAUGGGUCAGCCUCGUAAGAAUCCUGUACCAACUUUAUCUCGUCCGAUGUCGUGGUCUAGGGGUAUAUCGCGGACGAGAUCAAAAUCGAUAUCAACAUUGAAAUCGAAUGUAAGCGAUAGAUCGAUAUUCAGACCUAAUAAAUCGAAAUACUUCAUCAAUUAUAUGAGCGCUCCUCCGCCUCCCUUACCUCGGAAAAGCUCAGCGAGGUCAGCGGGGAGUAAUGCCAGUGCUGGAACAGGAAGAGAUGCUCGAGCUGAACUGGUAGAAAAGAGUGAUCGAAGAGGUGGAAGAAGGUGA